AUGAGUUAAAGUUUGUGAAAGCUUGUUAAAGUUGUUUAUCUUUUUUCUCUGUCUCUUCUUUUCUUAAUCUUUGAUUGUGGUUAAUUUUGGUUAAUUAAUUUUUAUCCCUGAUGGUUAAUAGUUAAAUUUUUCCUGUGAAGUCAAAUAGUUAAAAGUUUUAAUCAACAAUUAAAACAUUUUGUCCCGUCUACUUAUUGUUUCUACUAUUUUUUAUUCCGUCAUUACCUUUACAUUACCUUAAUAGUAUUCCUGCUUCUCUCACAUUACUAUUAUGUCGGACAAUGUCCAAGGCUUAAAUCAAGAUUAUGACAAUAUUUACUGAGCAAAACAGCUAAAGGUACUCAUUUGAAAGCAAUUUAAUGAACUCAAAUCUAGGAGACUUUUUUAUUCUGCUUCCGAUUUUUAAUUUAUAAUGAAUCUCUCUAUGAUGAUGCCUGAUAAUUACGCCGAGGAUUAUGGUGGACCUCGUGUAAAGAUUUUAGAGCAACCAGCUCGAUGUGCAUUAAGAUUUCGCUAUGAGUGUGAGGGUCGUUCAGCUGGAUCCAUUCCUGGGGCCAACUCAACACCAGAAAAUAAAACUUAUCCAACUAUCCAAAUAGAGUCUUUCAAAGGUCCUGCAGUUGUCGUUGUUUCGUGUGUUACUAAAGACUUUCCUUAUCGUCCUCAUCCUCACAAUUUAGUUGGUAAAGAUGGCUGUAAAAAGGGCGUCUGUACCAUGGUGAUUAACAAUUCUGAUAUGAUUUGCAGUUUCACUUCACUUGGAAUUCAGUGUGUCAAACGUAAAGACAUUGAAGAAUCGUUGAAGUUACGUGAAUCGAUCAAGGUUGAUCCCUUCCGGACUGGUUUUGCUCACAAAAAUCAAGCCUCAAGUAUUGAUCUAAAUGUUGUGCGCCUUUGUUUCCAAGUUUUUGUUGAAGGCUCAGAAAAGGACAAAUUCACUGUUCCCCUUAAACCAAUUGUUUCUGACCCAAUCUACGACAAAAAAGCAAUGUCUGACCUUAUUAUAACCAAACUGAGUCAUUUUUCUGCUUCGGUUACUGGCGGCAAAGAAAUCAUUUUGUUGUGCGAUAGAGUUGCCAAGGAUGACAUUCAAGUUCGUUUUUAUGAAGAAUCAAAAGGUCAAAUUAUUUGGGAAGGUUAUGCUGAUUUUCAGCCCAAUGAUGUCCAUAAACAAGUUGCCAUUUCAUUUCGAUCGCCCAAAUAUUACAAUGAAAACAUUUCCCAGCCUGUUACAGUGAACAUUCAAUUGAGACGACCAAGUGAUGGUCAUACAAGUGAACCAAGACAAUUUCAAUUUUUACCCAAAGGAAUAGAUCCUGAUGGGCUUACCCGGAAAAGGCAAAAAGUCGAAGAGAGUGGUUGUAUAGAUCGUUACCUGAAAGAUAACUCCUCUAUUAUGAGCCAGAUUCAAUCUCAAUCCACUCAAUCUCGUCGACUAUCUCCCAUUGGUUAUCCUAGUUCUUCUAGAAGCCCUCUUAGACCUCAAGAACCUGUGUCACCUGCAAUACCUGAUAGAAUCGAAGUUGAUGCACAAUCGGAACAAUCACAGUGGAAUGAUUUCUCUCAAGCCCCAGGCUCAUCUCUGGGUACAUCUUUAGGUACCCAACGUAGAUCUCCUACUUACAAUCUCAACAUGGUGAACUCUCCAUCACCUACCUCACUUUCUCAUUGUAUACAAGAACCACUGGUCCAGUCAACCCCUUCUGCGAUUCCUCAAACAAUAUCGUAUUCAUUGUCACCACACUAUUCUUCUUCGCCUAGAAGCUCAAUUGACAUGGGCGCGAUGAAACCCUCAACAUCCAAUCAACAUCUCUUGCAACCUAAACAAUCUCAAUCUUUUCAGAUUUGUUCUGACAACUUAAAUCCAUCCAAUUUAAAUCAACAACUAACUGAAAACAAUUUCAUUUCACCUUCAUCUAAUAAUUUCCUUCCAAAUUUAUCUCCCGUUGCAAUGUCUAACAAUUUUGUAGAACCUGUUUCUUCGUUAAAUUCAUCGUAUCAAGCACAACCAAGUUCUGGUUUCACUCAAUCUCAUCAACAUCCUAUACCUUCAAUGAUCCCAUCCGUUGAUAAUUUAAACAACAACGAAGUUGAAGGUACUUUAUCCUCUAAAUUGGACAGUUUGGACCUCGAUAUAGAUUCACAUGAACUUAUACGUGACAUAGGUCUCAAUAAUUGGUUAGUCAUGAUGGAUUCUGGCAAUAAUGUAAAUAUCAGCAAUAGCGGUACUAUUAACCUUAAUAAUGAUCCCAAUACUCUUCAUGACAAUCGUACUUCUCAUCUGUGAUUAUCUGUUACCAGUAUUUUUGUGGCAAAAAAGCGCCAAUUGUUCAAACCUUGCAUGUGUCCUUCCGAUUUGUUAAUAUAAAACUUGAAAAGUGUAACAGAGGAAAAGGAAAAAAAAUCAAAUUCUAAUCGUCUAUAUUUAUUAUUAUACUUAUCAUGUAAUUAUGGGUAUUUAGGUAAUAAUUAAUGUUGAUUUUUUUAAACUAUUAUUAAUAUUUUAAACGAAAAUUGAUAUGAAUUUGCUAUAAUCUAUUCACUUUUUCUUGGAUUAACAUUUUAUCAUCUUUAUUCGUUCCUUUUUUUCACUUUAUUUUAAAGUGUCCGUUGUCCGAUUAACUUUUUAUCUACAAUUUUUAUAUUUAGUUUUAAUGAUGUUUUUCAAUCACUUUUUGUUCAAAAUUUGAACAUAAUUCACUUAAAUGCGAAAUUUCAAAGCAAUAAAGCAAAAAUCUCAAUAAA